AUGAGGCCGGGUGGCAAGGCUGCGGCGACAUGGCACAUGCUGCUAUCAUUCCUCUUGUGGACGGUAGCCCUUGCCAAGGUCGAACCAUCAAUCGCCGUCAACAAGUUCGACAACCCUCCCUGGAACCUGAACUAUUUCGAAGACAGCGAUGUCAUUGUCUUCGAGGACAAGGUGGAGGCCAAUGUAUAUCGAUCCACGAACGCAGGCGUCUCAUGGAAACGGGUAGACUCUGUGCCGGAGGGCCGUGUCUUAAGCCUCGUUAUGCAUCCUCACGACAAGAAGAGGGCCUACAUCCUGACCCCCAGCAAGACGCAAUAUCGAACCGAAGAUCGAGGCGAGACUUGGACCAAGUUCGACACCAAGGCCCUGCCGAGCAGGUUCCAACCCAACAUCCUCGUUUUCCAUGCAGGCGAUCCCGAUCGAAUAAUAUUAAACGCAAUGAACUGUGAUGGGAUCUUCUGCAGCGAGCGAGCCAUGUACACCAUUGACGGAUUCAAAACCACCAAAGGCCUCAGGGUCAACACCUCAGGCUGUCGGUGGGCCAAAGCAUCUGUCGAAUUCACCACUGGAGACAGUGACAAGGACAGGUCACGAGUCCUUUGCGUCGUCAGGGAAUCCCUCUCCUUCUUCAAUCAGGUGCAAAGACUGACCGUGUCCGAUUCCUUCUUUGCCGUCGUUGACAAGGAUUUUCAAGAGUUUGAGCCCAACAUCGACCAGAACAAAGGUGUUUCCGGCUCCCUUAAUCUUGCCGUGGUCAAGAAGCACCUGCUCAUCGCAACUGCGUCCCCACGAAGCGACGAGAUGUCCUUGUUUGUUACAGACGAUACCGUGAAAUGGCAUCGCGCCAUAUUCCCCAAGGAUGACAACCACGACCAUUCUCAUAGAAUCAACCAGGGCGCAUACACCGUCUUGGAAAGCACCAACUACAGCAUUCAGAUUGAUGUCAUGACUUCUCACCCCUCGCGACCCAUGGGCGUGCUCUUUUCGAGCAAUUCCAACGGCACCUAUUUUACCGAGAACAUUCCCUACACAAAUCGCAACACCAAGGGCAAUGUCGAUUUCGAGAAAAUCUCCGGCAUUCAGGGCAUAUUUCUCGUCAACACGGUCGAGAACGGCGCGGAAGUGGCAAAGGGACACAAGGAUAAGAUUGUUGUGACUCAAAUCACUUUCGACGACGGCAGGACGUUUUCCGAGAUCAAGUCUGGCGGUGAAAGACUGCACCUGCACUCCGUGACGGAGCUGGACAAUGUUGGUCGCGUCUUCUCCAGCCCUGCCCCCGGUUUGGUCAUGGGCAACGGAAACACGGGCAAAGCUCUGGGGAAGUUCAGGGAUGCCAGUCUGUAUGUGUCUGACAAUGCUGGUACGACGUGGAAGAAGGCGCUGGACGGACCCCAUAAAUACAGAUUCGGUGACUCCGGAUCCAUCUUGAUUGCUAUCAAGGAUUCUCCCAAGGCAGAUGUCAAGGAAUUCUCGUACUCACUUGACCACGGCGAUAACUGGAAAAGUGUGGCGUUGCCCAACGACCUAAGCAUCAAGCCGGACCUUUUGACGACUACUCAGGACUCCACAAGCCUCAAGUUCUUGCUCCUGGGCGAAAAGGAUCGAACCUACCACAUGGUGGCCAUUGAUUUUGAUGGCCUCAAAGAGCGAACCUGCGAGGAUAAGGACAUGGAAGAUUGGCAUGCGCGGGUGGACAAAGAUGGCCAACCCACCUGUCUCAUGGGUCACAAGCAAACCUAUCGCAGACGAAAGAAGACUGCAGACUGCUUCAUCAAGCAAGAGUUCAAGGAUCCUGUUCCCCAAACGGAGGACUGCGAAUGUGCCGAUGCCGAUUUCGAAUGCGACUACAACUUCCAGAGGGACCCUGAAGACCGCAAUAAGUGCAAGCAGGUCGGCCCUGUCCCCUCGCCAGAAGAGGUGUGCGAGAACAACCCCGAAGGAACAUUUGCUGGCUCUUCCGGAUGGAGGCUCAUACCCGGGAACACUUGCAAGAGAGCGAGCGGUAAACAAAAGGACGACAAGACGGAGCGAAAGUGCUCCGAGGGAGAGUCAACACCUCACCAGCCCCCUGCGACAGGCAAAGUCUCCGUUAAAGAGAAGACGUUUGACUUGAAGCUGAAGGGAUUCGACAAGAUCUACCUAGAAAAGAGCGAGGCUAGCUCCUCCACGGAUGAAACCGUCAUUGCGUGGCCGACCGGGAAGGUUUCGGAACGGGAGAAUCAGAUCUGGCUCUCUCAUGAUCACGGGAAGGAGUGGAAGCGGAUUCUCGAGGGAGAAGAAAUCCACGGCGUCUAUCCUCACCAGCAUUUCAACGACGUUGUUUUCUUCACGACGAAGACGGACAAGAUCAUAUACACCAUUGACCGCGGUCGCAGUUUCCACAGCUUCAAGGCUCCCGCCAAAGGAAAGGCGGGGGCCAUGCCUCUUGCGUUUCACCCGGACAAGAAGGACUGGCUUCUGUGGAUGGGGACGACGUGCGACAAGGUUGGAAAGGAAGAGACGUGUUUCGGCCAAGCCUGGGUGUCGACAAACCGCGGCGACGACUGGGAAAAACUCGGGCUGCGGGCGUACGCCGAGAAAUGCGAGUUCACGGGCAACUCGGCCUACAACUUCCGGCCGAUGAAGCAGAUUAUAUGCUUGGUGACUCGAGAGGAGCGACUGGACGCAAAGCUGACCAUCAAAACCAGCGACGACUUCUUCAAGGAUCACGACAAGGAGUUUACGUACGAUGGCGAAGUCGUCAACUUUGCCACGAUGAGCGAGUUUAUCGUUUUGAACGCCAAGGAUGCCGAAAGCGGCAUCGAGCGAGCGGUCGCCAGCCUCGACGGGAAAACUUUCGAGCCUGCCCAUUACCCGCACAACUUUCAUCAAGGACACCACGACCAGUACACUCUCCUGGACAGCUCCACCCACGCCAUCAACCUCUUUGUCCGCUCCGAGGCGGGCAAGGACCGCUCAUUCGGGUCCAUCAUCAAGAGCAACUCCAACGGGAGCUCGUACGUGCUCAGCGCAGCAAACGUCAACGCGAACGAGCAAAUGUACGUCGACUACGAGAAGGUUCCCGGGCUGGAAGGCGUGGCCUUGAUCAAUGUGGUGGCCAACGCGGACGGAAAGGAGAAGACGAAGGUUUUGCACACCAAGAUUUCCCACAACGACGGUUCCCAGUGGAGCUACCUCCCGCCUCCCGCCAAGGAUGUCGACGGCAAACCCUACCCUUGCAGCAGCUCCAGGGGAGACGGCCGCUGCGCGCUACACCUGCAUCACUACACGGAGCGUGAGGACAAGCGACGCACCUUUGCCGCGGACACUGCGGUGGGGUUCAUGCUGGGGGUCGGCAACGUCGGCCCGAGCCUGGGGGACAUCAAAGAGGCCGAUACGUUCAUGACGACUGACGGAGGCCUUACCUGGACAAACGUGAAGAAGGGCCAUUGGACGUGGCAGUUUGGCGAUCAGGGUUCCGUUGUGGUUCUCGUCCAGCGCGCCACGCCCAAGAAGUCAAUCAAGACCAAGACGGUCUCGUACUCGACCGACGAGGGCAAGUCAUGGAAGGAUCUGGACUUUUCGGAUCAAGAGCUGACCGUCCUCGACAUCACCACCUUGAGAUCGGGCACGUCUCGCAACUUUUUGCUGUGGUGCCGGAUGGGAGAUGGCAGGAUGGCUAGCUUCAACCUCGACUUUAGCGGGCUGGCGGACAAGGCGUGCGAGUUCAACAGGGACUCCGAGGCCGAAUCCGACUACACGCUGUGGACGCCCAAGCAUCCGCUGCAGAGCGACGAUUGCCUCUUUGGCCACAAGGCCAGGUACCUCCGAAAGAAGACGGACCGGCAGUGCUUCAACGACCAGAGCCUCAAACGCUUGAUCAAGCACGAAAACUGCGAGUGCAGACGAGAAGACUUUGAAUGUGCUUACAACUUUGAACUGUCGGACAACUCUGGACAGUGCGGCCUCGUCAAAGGCUUGGACCCCCUAUCCGGCAAGGAAUGGUGCGCCAAGAAUCCCAACGCAACGUCGUGGUUCGAGCCGACCGGCUACCGCCGCAUUCCCCUGUCGACAUGCGAAGGCGGCAAGGAGAUGGACAAGACGUCGCAAGAGCACCCGUGCCACGGCCACGAAGACGAGUUUGAGAGGAAGCACCGGACGUCGGGGGCGGCCGUGCUGCUGGCGGUGGUGGUGCCGUUUGCGGCGGCGGCGGCGGUCGGGUGGUACGUGCACCGCAACUGGGACGGCAAGUUUGGGCAGAUCCGGCUGGGCGAGACGUCGUCGACGUUUGACAGCGACCGCCCGUGGGUCAAGUAUCCGGUGGUGGCCGUGUCGGCGGUGGCGGCGGUCGUGGUGACUCUGCCGCUGGUCCUGGGCGGGCUCUGGCGGUGGGCCACGGGCUCGUACGACCGACUAACGGGGGGCGGCGACGGGGCCGGCGACGGGGCCGGCGGGCGGAGCUGGUUCUCGAGCGGUGCCAGACGACGCUUCACCACGAGGAGCAGCUUUGCGCGCGGGCAGGGCGAUUACGCCAUUGUGGAUGACGACGAGGGGGAGCUGCUAGGGGAGGACAGCGACGAGGACGUUUAG